AUGCUUGUAAUCAAGGUCUUCAUUUCAACGCUCCUGCUAGCGCUGGGCGUCUUAGCCUCUUCUGAUGCUGUUGUCACCAAAAAGGUGUUUUUCGAUAUCGCGCACGGUGACGAACAAGUUGGACGUAUCGUCAUUGGACUCUUUGGUGAUGUUGCGCCGAAGACGGUCGAAAACUUUUAUGAGCUUACAAUCUCCGAGAACCCUAGCAUGGGGUAUCUCAAUUCUACUUUCCACAGAGUUAUUCCAAAUUUCAUGAUUCAAGGUGGUGAUUUCACGCACGGAUCAGGUGUCGGAGGCAAAUCAAUCUAUGGCGACACUUUUGAGGACGAGUCCUUCGAAGUGAAACAUGAUAAACCAGGUCGUCUUUCCAUGGCCAAUAGAGGUCGUAACACUAACGGUUCUCAAUUUUUCAUUACUACCGUUGCGACGCCAUGGUUAGACGGCAAACAUGUGGUAUUUGGCGAAGUUUUGGAAGGUAUGGACGUUGUUAAGUACGUCGAAUCAGUUCCAACGGAUCGUAGAGAUAGACCUGAAAAGGUUGUCAAGAUCGUUGCUUCGGGAGAAGUCGAAACAAUCCCUCCUACUGAGCAGCACCACGACGAAUUGUGA